AUGGAACCUGGGGAAGUGGCUGUAGCCGAAAAAGAGCAUCCAUUUUAUAGAUACUAUGGUCAGCUCUCUCACCAGCAGAAUAUGUUACAGGAUAGCGUGCGAACUGGAACAUACUACAAUGCAGUGUGUUACAACGUAAAGGAUUUUGAGGGAAAGGUUGUGCUGGAUGUGGGCACAGGAUCUGGAAUACUCUCGCUCUUUGCUGCACAGGCUGGAGCGAAAAAGGUCUACGCUGUUGAGUGCAGUGGUAUGGUUCGGUAUGCACGUCGGCUGGUGAAGGAGAACGGAUAUGAUGAAAUUAUCAAAGUGAUUUUGGGUAAGGUGGAGGAAGUCGAGCUCCCUGAGAAGGUGGAUGUGAUUAUUUCCGAGCCGAUGGGAUUCUUCCUCGUUCACGAGCGCAUGCUGGAGAGCUACAUCACUGCCCGGAACCGUUUCUUGAAACCGGAAGGACAGAUGUUCCCGGCAAUCGGUGUGAUGCACGUUUCGGUCUUUUCUGACGACGGUCUGUACAAAGAAAUUAAGGGAAAGUCUAAGUUCUGGAACAAUGAAGAUUUCUAUGGUUUUGACAUAACCACCUUGAAGGAAGAUGCGCAGCGCGAGGCCUUUAAUCAGCCGGUCGUUGGCUACAUCCCCGUAGAGACUUUGGUCACGGCGACCACUUGCACGCAUCAGAUCGACUUCGAGAAGGACAGUCUCGAGUCUCUCUACCACAUUCAGAUUCCUCUCGAGUUCUGCAUUACUGUCACUUCUCUUUUGCACGGACUUGCUUGCUGGUUCGACGUGACCUUCAAGGGAUCAUCCGCCGAAAUCGUGCUCUCCACGGCUCCCUAUUCCUCGGGAACGCAUUGGUAUCAGUGCCGAUUCUGCUUCGAGCAGCCGAUUGCUGUGAACGUGGGGCAGAUGGUGAAGGGAAUGCUCGAUUUGAAAGUGAACGACGACAAGAGCUAUGAUGUAACCGCGGAGUGUAAGCGAAGGGGGAGAGAGUGA